UUUGAGUUAGUUUAGUAGUUAAAGACAGAUUUAUCUAUUGAAUACAUGUCCAUACUACUUAUAAAACUGAAUAUUUAAAAGGAAAAAAACAAACAAACAAACAAAUAAACGAACAUAUUUAAUACUGAUAAUAGUAACCAUUUAUACUAUUGGUGUAUUGUGUUACUAAUGGGAAAAAAACAAAAAAAAAAACAACUGGAGAAUAUAACCGUAUACAUACAGAAUACAAACAGAAUAUUGAUUAGGAAUAUAUAAUUACCAAAUGUUUUCCAUUUCUCUAUUAGACUAUUGAAAAUGUACAAUAAUAUAGAAGUAUCAUAAUGGAUAAAGAGAAUACAUUCUUAUCAUUUAUAUUACCGAAUUGGAAAUUUGAUGAUAAUAACUUAUUACAUAAACGAAAUGAUUUAAUAGAUGAAUUAAAAUUAAAUGUUAAAACAUUAAUGGAAUAUGCUUCAGUUUGUCGUUCAAUUCCUGAAGAUAGUACACAUGUAAUUAGUUUUUGUGCAUUAAUUCAUGAUUGUCUUCGAAUGGGUUUAAAAACAUCACCAUUUUUAUUGAAUCAAAAUAUAUCAACUUAUACAUUACUACAUAAAAUUUCAAAUCAAUGUGAUACAGCUAUGAAAAUAAUCAAUAAAUUUGAAAAACAUUUCAAUCAAAUUAAAACUGAUCAUAGAAACAAUUCAAAGAAUUGUAAUUCACAAUCUGAUCACCAUGACAACAACAACCACUACGACGGCGACGACAACGACGACAACCACCAUCACCACCACCACCGCCAACAACAACAACAACAAGAACAAUCAAUAAAAAGAGAAAAUAAAUUAAAUUUUCAAAAAAUUUUUCAUUAUUCAGAAUAUAAUAAAAAUAAAUUUGAUAAAGAAAAUAAUAAAAAAUUUUUAUCUGGAAAAAAAUUUUAUUCCAAAUUAAGAACUAAUAAUAAUAAUAAUAAUAAUAAUUCAAAUAUUGAAUGGAUUCACUUUGCCCUUGUAGAGAAACUACUUGAAACUAUUAUACAACAUAUAUGUUCAAGAGCAAAAGAAUUUUAUAGUCCUGAUAGCAUUGUGGCUAAUCAAUGUGAUGUGAAUGUAUUCUUAUCUUUGAUUAGAGGUCCAUGUGCAAUUAAUUAUUCAUCAGGUAUUCAUGAAGAAUCAUAUUGGUUAAAUUUACAUGCAAAUGAAUUAAUUGAAAGGCAAAGAAUCACUUCAAUUAUAAAUCAAAAUAAAAUUGUUUAUAGUCCAUUAAAUGCUUUACAAAAAAUAAAAUUACCCAUAGUUUACACGGAAAAGAAUGAUGAUAAUAAAAAUAAAAAAAUAGAUAAAACAUUAAAAAAAAUUAGAAAUUUUUCUACAUUAUCAGAUUCGUCAGUUACAGAUCACAGUAACAAUAAUAAUAUAGAUAGUUUAUAUCAAACAAGAAAAAGUACAUUACUAUAUGGAAAGAAUAAUGUUAUGUUAGGAGAUGAUCAAUAUUCUCUUGGUUAUUUUGAAUUAAUUAGUUCUAUAAAUGAUUUAUUAAUUAAAUGGACAUCAAAUGAUUUAUUAUUACAAGCUUCAUAUGGUAAAUUUGAUCAUUGUCAUGACAACGGUAAUAAUCAAUAUAAUAUUGAUCAAAAAAUGUUAAAUAAUUCAAUAUAUGAAUCAAAUAAUCAUAAUGUUUUAGAUAAAUGUAUCACUUCACAUAGUUCACAAUUAAUGAAGAAUAAUAAAAGAAUUGAUUAUGGUUUCCAAUUGGGAAUUCUCACAGUAUCAAUGAAAAAAAUUGAAUAUGUUCACCUACAUCAAGAUGCAUCUUAUGAAUAUUGUAUCAUUUUAAUUGGUUUUGAUGGAAUCCCACAUCCACCAAUACGAUUGCAUGGUGGAUUCAAUGCUGUUUAUAAUUUUCUAUUAUGUUUGGAUCAAGGUUUACAACCUAUUGCCUGUUUAAAUCCAUCACCUACUGAAUUAGAUGAAGUCAUUGAAAAAGAUGAAGCAAAGGAAUCAAGAUCAAAUGAAAAUCAGAAAACCAAGUUUAAAUUAUGGAAUUUAAUUGAUUUUCUAAAUAGAACAAAUGAAUCUAAUGAAAUCUGUAAGCAAUCAACUGUCAUACAAAGUAGAAAUGAUAACGAUCCAUCCAAACAUCAUGAUGGUGAUGAUGAUAUCAAUGAUCAUGAUGAUGUGAAUAACAAGAAUGAAAUCCAUUCAACUCAAACACCAAAUAAUAAAAAUGAAACAUGUUCUAAUGAUGAACAGAGUAAAUUGAAACGAUCAUUGAUAAUCUAUGAUGAAAGAUUUAAAAAUAUAGGAACUAAAGGUGUUAUAUUUAAAGUUAUGCGAUUUGAUAUCUCAAUGAAUAAGGAAUCUGAUGUCUUCAUAGAACAAGAUAAUACAACAUACAUACAAACUAAUUCAUCAAUAGAACUUACAAAUGAUACAAUCAAUAAUUCAAAUGAUCAGAUAUCUCAGAAAGAAGAACUAAUGAACCCAAUUGCAACAAUCAAAUUACAAUUAAUUUUGAGAACAUUCAAAGCUUGGUAUACAUAUACUUGUCAUAUGAACAAUGUACGAAAGCUUCUAUCAUCAUUAGUUAUACAUUCGAAUAUAAACUAUACAAAUUCAUUUGAUCAAUAUAAGAAAUUAACUAAAGAAAAAUGGAAUGAAUUAUUUGUGAAUAAUUCAGAUAAAAAAAAUUUUGAUCCUCGAUCCAUUUAUGAAUGUAUAUAUUUUGGAGGUUGUGUUUCAGAAUUACGCAAUGAAGUUUGGCCUUAUCUACUAGGUGUAUAUAAUUGGACAAUGAGUGAAGAAGAAAAACAAACUAUCAAUGAACAAUUAAAAAUACAUUAUAAUGAAAAACUAAAAGAAUGGACUAAAAUAGAGAAAAUUAUUCGUGAUAUGGAACAAAAUGAAACCAUAAAUACAACAUUAUUAUCACAAAUGAACAAUUGUCAAACUACUGAUAAUCCGACACACAAUUCAUCUUGUUUAAUAGAAUAUAAAGAAAAUAUAUUAAAACAAUUUUCUCAUGCAUUAGAUUCUGUAAAGAAAGAUGUUGUAAGAUGUGAUAGAAAUAAUUGUGUCUAUUCUAAAUUUGAUUCACAUGGUGAUCGUAAUUUAGCUACAAUUGAACGAAUCUUAUUAACUUAUGUAUGGGAAUAUCUUGAUGAUGAAUAUACUCAAGGAAUGUGUGAUAUAGUUGCACCAUUAUUAGCAUUAAAUUUAGAACAUUCAGUAUCAUCAUCAUCAACAUCAACAUCAUCAUCAUCAUCAUCAUCAUCAUCAUCAUCAUCAUCAUCAUCAUCAUCAUCAUCAUCAUCAUCAUCAUCUAGAUAUACUAAUAUUCAAUCUUCAUUGAUAAUAAAUGAUAAUUCAAUAGAAUUAUUUAAUGAAAUUGAAAUUAGUACUUAUAUAUUAUUUAAGUAUUUAAUGGAAAAUCAUUUAAAAAAAUUAUUUGCUAAAGAAACUGCAACAUAUUAUAUGGAUCAAAAAUUUGAUCAUAUCAAAUCAUUAAUACAGAUAUUAGACCCUGAAUUAAUUGGUCAUUUACAGAAAUUCAGUGAUUUUACACAUUUCUACUUUUGCUAUCGGUGGUUCUUAUUGUAUUUUAAAAGAGAAUUUAAUUAUCAAGAUAUUUUUCAAAUAUGGGAAGUUAUUUUAUGCGCUGAACAUAUAAUUUCUAAAGAUUUUAGUUUAUUUAUUGCUUUAGCAUUAAUUCAAUAUUAUAGAGAUGUGAUUAGUUCAAAUCAUAUGGAAUUAACGGAUAUUUUAAAAUUUUUUAAUGUUUUCUUGAUUUGGUUGAUAAAUUGAAUCGAUUUCAAUGUGCUUGUUGAUUACUGAAUGAUCUGAGUGCCAAGCUUCGAAAAAAUUCUCUGAUAUUUUUGGAUCUUCCUGUAUCCAAGAUUUGCAAAUUUUUCCAGUCAAAUGAAUGUCCGCAGUUAAUCACGUGUGCAUUGAUAUAAGUGAGGACAUGUCAUUGAAAAUCUGGAAACGCUGUGAUGUAUUCUAUUGAUAUUGACAGAUAUAAGUAGUAUGUUUCAUCAAUUGAUGAUCAAAAAAAAAAAAGAAAACGAGAACACUGUUGGGGUGAUCCAGAAAACUACUCGCAAUAGUUAAGAAAGCCUCAGGAAACACUAAGAAGCAUUUUAUUCAAUCAAUAUUCACUAGAAGUUUAGCCAGAAACAUCAAGAAAGUCAAAAGACACAUGUCAAGUUUCUGAUCGGAUGAUUACCAAUACCGCCGCUAUGUUUAGUAGCAUUCCAGCAUUUUCGGGACACCCAAGGACAUCUAAAAUAUUAUAUAAACCCUAGAUUUUCUGUACUAAAACGAACUUUGGAGUAAAGUGUUUCUUCCAUAUUUUGCAGCUUUUCUCUCAUGUUCAAGUCACUGUGUAGAUUUAGCCUGGAAGUUACUAGAAGAGCUUAGGAAGCGAAUCUAGCGUUCAACUACAAGACUUAUCAAAUAACUGUUUAUUAAUAUCCGAAGAGGUUUUUGUGGAUAUUAUAGUAAUUUUAAUAGUUGAGAUCACGAGUCAAUUGAAAGCACUGGAUGAUCAGUGGAGUUCAACUGAUUCUAUUGUGAGAUAGUAACACACUGAAGACAAUAGUGGGUAUAACUCUCAGUUUUUCGGAUUGGUUGAAGUUAGACAUAUCAGUGGUAUAAAGGAUAAGUGUUUGCGCUCGAGAUCGAUAGGUUCUGGGUUCAAAUCUAGAGAGGUGGGAUCGUGAAUGUGCACUGCUGAGGAGGUCCACAAUAGAACGAAAUAAUCAUCCAAUGUUUCCAGGUUUUCUAUGAUGUUCUAUCUUCAAUUGACUCAUGAUAUCAACUAUUUCAAAAGAAAACUGUUUAUUAUACUAAAAAUGAUCAGUAAAGCAUUAAAACUCAUUUACUUACCAGUAACUUAUUUCUAAAAACAAUUUCAAGAGAUCUAGAUCAAAAUCUUACCCAUACAGUAUAUAUAUAUAUGAUUGAGAUCAUGAACCGAUUGA